UGGGGUACCGGACACACCGCCGAUCUUCGCUUACGCCGGUCUUUGCAGUCGUUGUAGAGAUUUAAGCGAGACCGCUACUCUGCAACUUGCAUUUCGAAAUUCUUAAACAAAAACUAUGUGGUUCGUAAAAUCUUUUCCUACCCCGUUACUGUUGAUCGUACACAUAGCGACAGCUCAAGAUGGUCAGCCGUGCUACACUUCCUCGGGAGUGAGAGGUGUGUGCAUGAGCAUUACCUCCUGCCCGGCCGCUUUUCAGCUGAACAUUAAUCCGUUCAGCCUGUUCGGUGCGGCUCCACGAGGAUGCCAGAAUUUCCUCGGAAUUGGAAGUGUUUGUUGUUCGCGUGCUGUAUCUAGCGCCGGUCAAACGAGCGCUCCAGCACCACCGAGGAUAACGACGGCCACGCCAACGGCCCGAACUACUACGGUAAAAACAUUCGAGCGUCCCAUCAUAUCCACUUUUCCAAUUACGGCACGACCCAGCGUAGGGUUGGAGUGUGUUAGGCCCGAUGGUAGCACAGGACCUUGUGCGGCAGAGACGACAACCAAACCUACCACCACCACUACAACCCCUAAGCCCUUACCAAUCACCACCACUACGGGACGCUCUACGAAAAUUCGUUCCACCACACCGAUCGUACUGCAAAAGCGUCUUGCGAAUGAUCUCCCGAUCUUUGCGAAACCGACCGUUCUGCCAACGCCAGCGGACGGGUGCGGUGUAAGCGACGUCGAGCACAAUCGAGUUGUCGGUGGCGUGCCGGCUGCCUUGAAUGGCUGGCCGUGGAUGGCUUUGGUCGGUUACGAGGAAGCGUUCGGGGAUGUUGACUUCCGUUGCGGAGGCUCACUUAUCACGGAUCGUCACGUGCUUACGGCGGCUCAUUGCAUACUGUCUUCGUUAUCCGUUGUACGAUUGGGAGAGCAUGAUAUGGACAAUCAAACCGAGUCGGCGCACGUCGAUAUACCGGUGUACAAGUACGUUUCCCAUCCAUCGUACGAUACGUUUGAUGGUCAUUCGGAUGUUGCAAUACUAUUCUUAACCGAAAUGGUCGAAUUCAAUGCCCGUAUCAAACCGAUUUGUCUGCCCACGAUCGAACCGGUGCGCGGUGCCGACUUUACCGGCUACAACCCAUUCAUAGCCGGUUGGGGUCGCACCAAGGAGACGGGCAUCGAGGCGAAGGUACUGCAGGAGCUACAGAUUCCCAUCCUGGAAAAUGAAGAAUGCAGCCAGCUGUACAAAAAGAUACGCAAACUGUACUCCAGCAAGCAGUUCGACGACGCAGUGCUGUGUGCCGGGUUUCUGGAGGGUGGCAAGGACUCCUGCCAGGGCGACAGUGGCGGCCCACUGAUGUUGCCGUAUCUUGUCAACAAGAAGUUUCACUACUUCCAAAUCGGCAUCGUGUCGUACGGGGUCGGUUGUGCGCGGGCCGAACUGCCCGGUGUGUAUACGCGGGUGGUCACCUUUGUCGAUUGGAUAGUGGGACAGAUAAAACGGUAACGACGGUGUGCAUGUUUCGGGGUGCCGAAGUGUGAACAGGGAAAAGAAAGAAAAAGAAAACCCUCCCAUUUGCUUCUCAUUAGUAGAUUAAAAUCCAGUAAAUAUAUGUAUUUGAUUAACAAAGAUUUCGACAAACGAUAUGCACAACGUUAAAAUGUAAACGAAAAUAUAUGAUUAACCUGAA